AUGGCUUCCAAACCCUCCAUUAGCAGCAAAAAAGUUCCCACUCUCCAAUUAAUAUUUCUCUCUUUAUGCUUGAUUAUCUUAAUUUUAUUUUCCAGAUCAAAUUACCACAUUAUCGAUGCACUAACACUCGAUGCCGAACCGCCUGUACAGCUCAAAAAUCUCGAUCUUCUUCUUCAACAUGAGAUUCAGGGUAAGGAGAAGAUUAAAAUCGGUCUGGUUAACAUAAAUUCCAACGAAGAAAUCGAAUAUAAAUCGCCCGGUUCGAUCAUUAGCACCGUUCACGUCCCUUUCGAUAGUGUUCGCAGGGGAACAAAAUGGGAGGAUUUUUUCCCUGCUCAGAAUUCGAGCCAUCCAACGCCGUGUCCAGAGAUUCCGAUGCCGCCUCUGGAGGAUUAUGAUGACCUCGACGUCGUGGUGGCGAAGCUUCCGUGCAAAGGGAGGACCGGGAGAAGCGGGCCGAAGGAUGUGCUUAGGCUUCAAGUUAAUUUGGUGGUGGCCAAUGUAUUGGUGGCGAGCGGUUGGGUGAUGCCGGACAUUAAACGGGCGGUGUACGUGGUGUUCGUCGGUAGUUGUGAACCGGUGCCGGAGAUUUUUGUAUGCGAGGAUCUGUUGAGGAAAGUGGAUGACCAUUGGGUGUAUAAGCCUGAGUUGAGGAGGCUUAAACAAACGGUGCUAAUGCCUCGAGGCUCUUGCCAAAUUGCUCAGCCAUAUGGUGAAACAGGCAAAGAGGCAUGGAGAUAUUAUUCAGCUGAUCAUGAAAGGUUAAAGCUGCUAAAAUACAGUGCAUUCCAUCAAAGGGAAGCCUAUGCAACAAUACUUCACUCCUCCGAAGAUUAUGUUUGCGGUGCCAUUGCUUUAGCUCAAAGCAUUCUCCGAACCAACUCGACUUCGACUCGAGAUUUUGUGCUUCUUCAUGAUGAAAACAUAACCCCAAAGUCCUUAGAGGCCUUAAAAUCUGCUGGUUGGGAAACGAAGCAAAUAGAGCGAAUCCGAAGCCCCUUUGCUGAAAAAGAUUCUAACAAUGAAUGGAGUUAUAGUAAGCUUAGAGCAUGGAUGCUAACAUGGUAUGAUAAAGUGGUUUUCAUUGAUGCAGAUGUUCUAGUUUUCCAAAACAUAGAGUGGCUAUUUGUUUACCCUCAAUUAUCCGCUGCACCAAAUGAUGGCACUUUGUUCAAUUCCGGGUUAAUGGUGAUCGAGCCAUCGUUGUGUACGUUCAAAGAUCUGAUGGCUAAAAGAUCAGAGAUGGAUUCAUACAAUGGAAGUGUUGAGGGGUUUCUGAAUGAAGCCUUUACAUGGUGGCACAGGUUGCCUUCUGAUGUGAAUUUCCUCAAGGAUUUCAAAGGGCAAGAAAGCCCGAGUCGGGAGAUGAUCCCGGACAAAGUUUCAGCGAUACAUUAUCUUGGGUUGAAGCCAUGGAUGUGUUACAGGGACUAUGAUUGUAACUGGGAUAGGGAAGAAAUGCAGAGGUUUGCAAGCGAUAAAGCUCACGAGAAAUGGUGGCAAGUGUAUGAUGAAAUGCCAGAGACACUGCAACGGUAUUGUGGGCUAACUAAGCACACGAAUUCGAGAUUAAAGAAGUGGAGAUGGAUAGCUACGAGCCUUGAACAACCUGAUGAACACUGGAAGAUAGGAAUAAUAGAUACUCGACAGUACAAUCUUGGUCAUUGAAAAAGGGUAAGUGCUAGAUUUCUGAAGGGGAAAUCAAACAAAUUAUUUCUUCUUCUUUUCUCUAAUGCGUAAUA